AUGGGAACUACUGCUCUGAGGCAGUUGCUCAAGAGCCUCUGCAGCAACAAUUCGCCUUGGAAAUAUGCGGUGAUUUGGAAGCUCAAGCACCAGACCGAUUUGAUAUUGGCCUGGGAGGAUGGGUACUGCCAUCAUCCAAAACCAAGAGAAGCUGUGGAACAUUCACCGGAUGACAUCUACUUCAGCGACGCAAAUCAGAUGCGUUUUAAAAAUUGUGCAACAAGUGUACAUGAUGGUGGAUCUACGGGCUAUCCAAUUGGACUAGCAGUAGCUGAUAUGUCACAUCUUCAGCACACAUUUGGAAAAGGGGUUGUCGGUGAGGUGGCUUGCACGGGGAACCAUAAAUGGGUUUCCCUUCACAGUUUGUGCACCAGAGAGUCUGACUCUAAGUUAGUUCCUGAGUGUCCAGAUGAAUGGCUUCUUCAGUUUGCGUUGGGUAUCAAGACAAUUUUGCUUGUACCUGUACUUCCAUAUGGAGUUUUGCAACUUGGCUCCAUGGAAACGGUUGCUGAAGAUCUGGCAGUGGUUGCUUUUGUGAAAGAUAGAUUCAAUGCCAUUCACAAUGUUGUGGGGAAACCUGUACCUUUUACCUUAUUUAGGGACAUUCGAGCUGAAUCAUUAUGGCCACAAUCAUCUAGUUUAAUGGGGAACACAUUUGAGUCAUCAGCUGUUACCAUUAACCCACUCAAGGUUGAAAGGUCAGAAGAGGUUGGUAACGUCAGACUGAAUGAUACCUUACUGUCGACUUUGGAGCAAUUUGUGCAAUUGCCAACCAUUGAAAAUGUACUUCUAGACUCUGGAACAGAUCAGCCAGAAGUUCUUAAGAGAAUUGGAGAAAAUGAGAAUGGUGUUCCACGUAUUUAUCACACUGGAGAAUCAAAUCCGUUCAGUCAGUGUGUAGAUACCGACAUGCUGGAGACCAUAGAGACUCAGAUGUUUGGGUUGUCUUGUUUGGAGGAAGAACUUCUAGCCUAUUCUCAGUAUGGUGGUUAUAACGUGGAUGUGCUUGGAGACCCUUUAAGUGGUUUCCAUUCUUACUCUGCUGGAGGUAUAGCAGAACAACUGUUGAAUUACAAUAAUGCUGAAGAUAUAAGUUAUAACAGGAAGGAUAGUUUCUUUAGCUUUCCUGAAAAUUGUGAACUACACAAAGCACUCGGAACAACUUUCCAGAGGCAGACCGAUGAACAUUUAUGGAAUUCAUCCAUCUCCAUUGAUGACACAUGUAGCAGCUCUGGUUUGCAGAAAGAUUUCAUUCACAGUAUUGAGCCAUCAAGGCUUUCGAAAGGAAGCGACGCUGAGAACCUCUUUGAAUCCAUGGUAGCCAGAGAUGACACCUCAUCAAGCAGAUCUGACAAUAUUAAAUCAUGUAUGACCACAUCAAGUCAAUUUCCUGCUUCUUGUGAACAAUUGAAAUUUGAAGCAAGUGCCCCAAUGGAGAGUGAUUCAAUGACAUGGAAUCAUGCAUCAGCUUCUUUCAAAGGCACGAUGAGCACUUUGCUUGACAAAGAGCGGCAGGGCAAAGGAUACACUUCUACAAAGCCUAAAAAGGAACAAAAGUCGUCCGGUGCCAGUGCAAGAAGGACCAGGCUUAGCAACAGCCCAAAGCUAAGACCAAGAGAUAGACAAUUGAUUCAGGAUCGUGUCAAAGAGCUGCGGGAACUCGUCCCAAAUGGUGACAAGUGCAGCAUUGAUGGCCUUUUAGACCGAACCAUAAAACACAUGCUGUAUUUAAGAACCAUGACUGACCAAGCUGAAAAACUGGGGUGCUAUGCGCAUCAAGAGGUACCUCGUUCUAAUAACAUGAGCGAGGCCAAAAUUGGUGGCCAAAAUGGGACAAGCAGGGGUUUUGAAAUCGGAAACGAACUUCAGAUUUGCCCUAUUGUGGUAGAAGAUCUUCAACACCCAGGGCACAUGCUCAUAGAGAUGCUAUGUGAUGAACAUGGACUUUUCCUAGACAUUGCCCAAGCUAUCCGUCGAUUGGAGUUGACCAUCUUGAAGGGUGUGAUGGAAACCCGCUCAAGCAACAUGUGGGCACAUUUUGUUGUUGAGGCUCCCAGAGGGUUUCACAGAAUGGAUGUUUUUUGGCCGCUGCUACACCUUCUGCAACGCAGAAGAAAUAACAUAUCAAGCAAGAUCUGA